UUAUGAAGAUAACAUGGAAUAUAAGAAACAGAUAACUCCUCGUCAACGACGAGUAGGAUAUCCUCCAGUCACACCGAGUGCUUGUGUAAAGGACAGUGUCCUGAGUGGAGUUUUUGACCAUGUUUGGCAAGAAAUUAUGUCUUGGAUGAGGGAACUGUUAACCAAGUAUACAUCAGAGAUUUCAGAUUCAAGAAAACAUGUAGCUUCAUUUUCAAGUCCAAGCAUGAAUCCAUCCACUGUCAUGUCCAGAGAAGUCUCACUGAUCUUACCUGCCAACAGACAACAUUCAUUCCUACAUUCCAACACUCACAUGGGUAGUGGCAGUACAGAGAAAUCUAUCAAUGAACUUCUGCACAUAUCCAGUAUGUCCUUAAAGAACAGGCCACAUGGGCAUCAUAUCGAUCCAUCAGAGCCUCAUAUUCUGGGUGGUCCUUCUACUCAGUCUGGAUCCAGUUUAUCUCUGUCUCGGCCACCAAGCAUUCAUAGGCUCUCACUACGAGGAGCCAGAGGAGGUCGUCUUGCCCCUAUAGCAAAGACACCAAGUCUUGAUGAAGAUAAAACCAGUAACCAUACUACAGAAGCUUUAAGGGUCAAGGGGCGGAACCCAAUAAGCAAUGAGUUGCUACAUUCUCCAUCCUCAAACUUCCAAAGAAAUGUUUCCUUGCCACCUUUAGAUAUAGUGAGGACACAGUAUAGAAAACUACAUCAGGGACACAGGGCUGCUAGUGCCAUUGACAACAAAGAUGUGCGCUUGUUGUCCUACAGAGAGAAGACAUAUUUUGUGGCUGACUUGGCCAGGCCAAACACUACAAAUGCCAUGCGGGAUUCUGAUACUCAGUAUAAUGGAAACCAAAGCAGGAGGUCCUCGACAGCCCUGGGAAACACUUACUCUUCCAGAAACCAUGUACUCGUUAAUCGAUCCCUUGAUAUCCGAGGGAACAGUCUGCAGUUAGGAGGCGACUCAGUCCACAUUCAUCCAGAUAUCCAGGAGGACCUGCAGGAGGGUACAGGGGAGGACAUAUAUCACACACAUUGGAGUAAGUCACCUUGA